AUGUCAUUUGAUAAAGAGGCUAAAAAUGGUGCUAAAACAGGUCACCAAAGACAAUUGUCAACCUCUUCAAAUUUACAACAAUCACAAAAACGUCUAAUAUAUGUCAACAUGCCAUUACCAACAGAAGAGCUUGAUCAAUACGGUGAACCUAAAACAUAUUUCGUACCAAACAAAAUACGUACCUCGAAAUAUACCCUUUUAACUUUUUUACCGAAAAAUUUAUUCGAACAAUUUCGUAGAGUGGCAAACAUGUAUUUCCUCUUUUUAGUAAUUCUACAACUUUUCCCACUCAUUGGUGGCGGUGUUUCUCCCCUCAUUGCUGCCUCCCCGCUACUCUCAAUUACAACUAUGACCGCAAUCAAAGAUGCUUUCGAAGACUGGAAACGUCACUCUCAAGACAGGACACUUAACAAAUCAAGGACAACCAGACUAUCCAAUUGGCGUAAUGUUAAUGUGUCAGAAGGUGAUGUCAAACGGUUUAAAUUUUUACGUGAUGUGUUAAAUGGUCUUUUUGGUUCACGGAAAAGUAGCAAUCAAAUAGGCCAAGAAACUAAUAGCAAUGAUAAUAAUAAUUAUACAAAACAAACUGAAGGAUCUUCUUUGCCUACAAUGCAAUCAUUUCAAAGUGCAAAAUGGACAGACAGUCGUUGGCAAGAUGUUAGAGUUGGCGACAUUAUACAAUUGAGAAAUAAUGAUCCUGUUCCCGCUGAUAUGAUAAUUUUAUCCACAAGUGAACCUGAUGGACUUUGUUACGUAGAAACAAAAAAUCUUGAUGGUGAAACCAACCUUAAAAUUCGUCAUAGUAACAAUGCCACAUCAUCUUUGUUAACAGAAAGUGAUUGUGAGCAAGCUUCUUUUUAUGUUAAAUCAGAGCCAGCACAUGCAAAUCUAUAUUCAUAUAAUGGUACAUUACAUUGGAUUGGUGCUAAUAAUAAUGGUGACGUGAACCAUCCCAACGAAAAGGUUGAACCGUUAUCUAUCAAUGAUGUUCUAUUGAGAGGCUGUAUUCUACGUAACACUGAAUGGGUCAUAGGAUUGGUAGUAUUUACCGGCACUGACACUAAAAUCAUGUUGAAUUCUGGCGAUACACCAAGUAAAAGAAGUCGUAUAGAAAUAGAAACAAAUUUUCAUGUAUGUUUUUUUUCAAGUGAGAAGAAACAAGGGAGUAUUGGGAUAAUUAAAGGUUCUGGAAUAGCUCAAACAGUUUAUUUUAUUCAACCUCGAAGUUCUGCAGAUGUUUUUGGUUAUGAAGGUGACAUUAGUGGUGGUGCAUUAUUUAGUGGAUUUUUAACAUUUUGGUAUGAAAGAAAUUAA